GUGCAUCGCAUCCUCUACCUCGACACUCCCUCGGUCGUUGCUGCCUCGGUCGCGCUCUAGUCCGGUCUCUUUCCUACCGCAAGACUCCCUGGAGCUCUUGCCUCUUCCUUGAUUGUCUCAUCGCACUACCGCACCCGCAACGCCACCAUGGCUAUCGACGACUUGACCGCACCGCAAGCCGCGGCUCCCCAGCCCAUUGACAUUGAGGCAUGGACUGAGCAGGCGACAGCAGCUUUAGGCUCUGUCGCCAUUUCCGCGGCCCCGGCCGCUGCUCAGGAGACCUCGGUCGUCUUCGAUAUUCCUCUCGAUGAGCACGAUGCGCCGGCCCGCCUUGCCCCUGCGACAACUACGCAGAUGCACACCGUGUACAAACGCAAGGAGCCCAUUCGCCGCGACAGUCUGAAUAGGCGUGAAGCGCUGCUCAAAGGCAAGGAGGGCAGCCGGCGCAGGCAGAGGUGGGAGAAUGAUCGCCUCCUGAACAACCCGUAUGUCGAGCCUCCGACCCCCAAAGACUGGGAAGUCCACCCCACCUACCGUGUGCACAACGUCCCCUACUAUCUCGCUCCGCUCUGGGACGCCGGCCUCAAGCGCCAGUCUACCAAGCGCCAUGAUCACGCCGUCGCCGAGAAGAACGCGACCCGGACCGUAGCCAACAGGCCCACAGAGCCCGGUGUGGUUCCCAAGGAGCUGCGCGAGAAGCUGAAGCGCAGUCGCGGCGCAAAGGGCUUGCUCAUGGAUCUCGAGGGUGAAGUGAGGAAGUUUGUGGCUGAGUGGGAAGACAGCGCUCGCGCCGCAGAGGAGGACGGCCUGCCAGCAGAUCUAGAUUCGGAAGACGAGGAGAUCGUUUUCGUUGGGCGGAAUGGGCAGACGCAUGACCACGAUGGCGCGACUGCCCAGCUCAAGCGAGAGCUGAUGCUGUUCGAGACACCUGAGGGCGACAACGGCGGCACAUUUGGCCGCUGGCUGGUGCAUCACAUCGGCGUUUACUACGGUCUUACAACCUGGAGUAUCACUGUGGGUACGCCGGCCAGGCGAGAAGCGUACAUUGGCAUCAAGGAGACGAAGAUGAGGAGCGGUGGGCGUCCGAUCUGCAGUCCUAUGCCAACACCUCUGUGGGGCAUGGUCUGAGGUGAUUGGAUAUCUUGCUUUCCUGCUUGUUUGCUUCGUUCCUCUUAUAUUCUAUCAUUCCAAUCGGCUAAUGGGUCACUGCGUGCAUCUUGUGCAUAUAGACACGCAUCUAGCAUUGACGUAUGCAAGCAUAUAGACUAUACAAUGGUCAUGCCUGCGUAACUCUCGCUCCAACCACUCUCGAGCACAGAAAUGUAUUGUCGACUCUACUCGAUACCUCUAACCAAU